AUGGAUAUCUUUUAUAAUGAAUUUAUUUAAACUAAACUUGAAAUGAUUUCUAAGCUUUAAAGCGAAAUAUAAGACAUUAAUUUGAGGAUAGAUCAAACGAAGCUAGUAGUAUAAUCAGUUGAUUAGGAGAGUUCUUAAAAGAAAGAUGAAAUAAUUGAUGAUUUGUAUAAAAAAUCGUAAGAAAUUAAGAAGAUUUUUGAAUAAAUUGAUGAAUAUGAAAAAAGAAUAACUCGAGUUGAGGGAAAUUUAAUAUAAUUAUAGAAAACUGAUUGA